UUCUUCAUAUGCCAGUAUUUAACCUGCAAAGUAAAAAUGUGAAGCUAACAGUCUUAAAGUUUUGGGUUGUUUUUUUUUCUUGAUACUUGGGAUCAAGAAGUCGUACUGAAAGUUCUUGAACCUCGAAGAGCAUAUUGUUGAUUGUAUUAGAGAGUGGCACGGGAAAGAUUCUUUGCAGGACGUGCAUUUUGUGUGUGAAAGUAGGUUGUUCUACCCCAUUGGAGGGUGUAAAUGGAUAAGAUAUUCUGUAAUGGGACACAAGAAUUUGCAUCUAUGAUGAGCGUGGUGGCUUUUAUUUUGUCCUUUUUCUAAAGUAGGCAGUAAAAGCAGCAAAGGCAAGCUACUGAGUAAAUUUGGAAGUUUCUGUUAACCUUCUGAGUUGAUGGCAGUAAAAGGGACAUUACUCCCUCUUAAUGGCAGGGAGGCACUGAAUAUGUCUGGCAUAGCUCUUAGCAGACUUGCACAGGAGAGAAAAGCCUGGAGAAAAGAUCAUCCAUUUGGAUUUGUAGCAGUACCUACAAAAAAUCCAGAUGGCACAAUGAAUCUAAUGAACUGGGAAUGUGCUAUUCCAGGAAAGAAAGCGACACCAUGGGAAGGAGGCUUAUUUAAACUACGGAUGCUUUUCAAGGAUGACUACCCUUCUUCACCUCCAAAAUGUAAAUUUGAGCCACCGUUAUUCCACCCAAACGUGUAUCCUUCAGGCACCGUGUGUCUCUCCAUCUUAGAGGAGGAUAAGGACUGGCGGCCAGCAAUCACAAUUAAACAGAUCUUGUUAGGAAUACAAGAACUUCUAAAUGAACCAAAUAUUCAAGACCCAGCUCAAGCAGAGGCUUACACAAUUUACUGCCAAAACAGAGUGGAAUAUGAAAAGAGGGUUCGAGCACAAGCCAAGAAGUUUGCACCAUCAUAAGCAUUUGUCGUGCAGCAUCUUAAAAAGGAAGGGAUUGGUUUGGCAAGAACUUGUUUACAAAACUUUUGCAAAAUGUAAUGUUGCUAUGUACAAUUAAUAUCCACAUAAGGGGAGGGGGUUGUAUGUGUGCCAUUUUCCAUAUUCGCCAGUUGUAUACAGUUCUAAAUUUGCUGAAUUGCCCCCAGUUUUUUCAUACAGGGUCUCUUCCUUCAGUCUUUUGUAUUUUUGAUUGUUAUGUAAAACUUGCUUUUAUUUUAAUAUUGAUGUCAGUAUUUCAACUGCUGUAAAAUUAUAAACUUUUAUACUUCUAUAAAUUCACUAGUAUCUCUAGUUACUUUGCUAUCUGAUGCAGGCAUGCUUUAAAAUGUUAGAACGAUAUUUAGCCUCUAGCUGGCUGUAUGAAAAAAAAUCAUGCCCUCCACCCCCUUCCCUCCCUGAAUUUGUUUUUUCUAUCUUUCAGAAACUAGGUUGUUAUUGCUUAAGAGCCUCUGAGAUCCAAAGUUAGCCAGCAUCCUUAUUCUGCAUCACUUUCUUUGUGUUUAUAUGGCAUUCUGUCUGUGUUGCUGUUUAGAGUAAAUAAACUUUAUAUAAAGGG